AUGUCAAAGCGUCAGACAUGGGCGAGUGAACUACGGAAGGGCGAGCAAAGCUUGAGUACUGGCAUAUUCAUCCGAGAUCGCAACAGCCCUUUACCCAAGACACUUUUCAAGGCGAUUAAGACAGGAGUCGAUACUCCUGUCGGAGGCUCGACUAGGUGUUGGCCCAAGAAAUCGGCCGAUGAAAAAAUUGGCAUACGCUUCGACUGGGGUAGAGCGGCUUUUAGGGACUCACACGGCUUGUGGUGGCGUAUCCUUAACCUACAACUGAACGCAAACGCUGAAAGCGAGGCUAUACGCAAGGCGGCUCAAAAGAACGGGACUGAUGACACUCGAUCCAAGAUUUAG